CUAAUAACCACCUGGCCAACGGUCAACUACCACCAACAAAAAUAUACGGCCUACGUUUCCGAAAACAGAAACGACCAUUUCCAAAUCAAUGAAAACCAAACCAAAUCCAAUCGCAAAACAACGAUGCAUUUCCAGCUUCUAAUCCUCCGAUUCCAUCCCCGUUCUCUUUUCCAAUCCCAAAAGAAUUUCAAAGAAAUCGAAAACCGAAUAAAUUCCGCGGAACAAAGACGCAUUUGAUUGCGAAGAAUGGAGAAGACGUACCAUCCUGAGAAAUCCGGCAGCUUCAUCGGCCGCCACGCUCGCAGAAAGAGCGAGGUCGCCAUCAGCCCUAAAACCUCCGACGUCUCCGAUGCCUCCUACGCCGAUACCGCCUGGCGGGAGACCGUCGAGCCGGUCGACGAUCGCGACGCCGACGAGAUCUCCCUGUCCAUCGACCAAUUCACGUCCACGUUGUCUUCUAUCGAUCGGAAAUCGAGUCCGCCCGACGUGCCGAACGAGGCCGUCGAGACGUUUUCGAAGAUCAUCGAGUCGAAGAUCGUGAAGUAUUACUCGGCGGACGGCGGGAACAAGUUCGGCAAAACAGAGGAGGAGGACGCGCGCUUUCUGGAGUCUGUUCUGCGCGUGUUCAAGCUGACCAGCGCGUUCGGAGACUUCGAGGCGGGGGCCGUCAAAACGACGUCGCUGGAUCGGAUGAGCGUGGUGCUGCAGCGAGCGAUGUUGUUCUUGGAGGAGGAAUUUCGAGGUCUGCUGGAAGGACCGACGGAGGAGGAUACGAUGAAGGAGGAAUCGGAUCGAUGUACUUUGCACGAAGCGGAGCCGAAUAAAGGAGAGCCAGAGUUUCCAGGGUAUUCGGCGGAGGCGGUGGCGAGGAUGGGCAGGAUCGCGGGGGCGAUGGUUUCGGCUGGGUACGAGACGGAGUGCUGCCAGGUGUACAGCAUAGCGAGGCGAAACGCGUUCUCCGAAGCGUUGAGAUGUACCGAAUUCAAUUGGGUCACGAUCGAAGAGAUCCAGAGAAUGCAGUGGGAAGCGUUGGAAGGAGACAUCUCGAGGUGGAUAAGUGCCGUUAAACGUUGCUCCACGGUCCUCUUCCCCGGCGAACGGAGCCUCUGCGACAUCGUUUUCUCUCAGAAUCGAGCAAUCUCCAUCGGCUUCUUCAGCAACCUCGCUCGAGCUAUCAUAAUCCAGCUCCUCAACUUCGUCGACGCCGUCGUUCUGACGCGGCGGUCGGCGGAGAAGCUGUUCAAGUACCUCGACAUGUACGAGGCCCUCCGCGAUCUGGUUCCGUCCAUCGAAGACGGAGCCUCGGAGGAAUCCGGCGGCGAAUUGAGGUCAGAGAUCUCCGCCGCCGGAGACCGGAUCGGGGAGGCCGCUGUGUACAUAUUCUGCGACUUGGAAAACUCGAUCAAGGGGGACGCGGCGAAAACGCCCGUCCCGGGCGGCGCAAUCCACCCCCUCACCCGUUACGUCAUGAACUAUCUAAAGUACGCCGGCGAAUACAAAGACACCCUAGAGCAGAUCUUCCAGACCAAUCACGUUCUCGCAGGAUCGCUAUCUUCGACCACCAAAUCCGAUAAAACCCACAAUCUCGACAAGUCAACGUCGCCGUUUUCGAUGCAGCUGAUAACCGUUGUGGAGUUAUUAGACGAAAAUCUGGAGGCAAAAUCAAGAUUAUACAGGGAUCCCUCGUUGCGUUACAUAUUCCUGAUGAAUAAUGGUCGUUACAUAAAUCAGAAAAUCAAAGGGUCCACCGAAAUCCUCCAAUCGGUGGGGGACACGUGGUACAGGAUGAGAUCCACUGCGGUGAGGCAGUACCAUAAGAACUACCAAAGGGAGACUUGGGGGAGACUGCUGCAAUGCAUUGGGCACGAUGGGUGCCAAGUGAACGGGAAGGUGUACAAGCCGGUGGUGAAGGAGAAGUUCAAGAACUUCAACACGUUGUUCGAGGAGAUACACAAGACGCAGAGCACAUGGGUGGUGAACGACGACCAGUUGCAGUCGGAGCUGAGGGUGUCCAUAUCGGCGGUGGUGAUCCCUGCGUACCGGUCGUUCCUGGGGAGAUUUAGGCAGUAUUUGGAGUCGGGUAAGCAAUCGGAGAAGUAUAUUAAGUACCAGAGUGAUGAUAUUGAGUUGAUGAUUGAGGGACUUUUUGAUGGGAAUCCUAAUUCUAUGGGUAGGAGGAGAACAUAAUAGUUUUUCAAUUUUGAUUUGAUGAAAAAGAAAAGAAAAAGAAAGGUUGUGGUGGUGGUGGUGUUUUUGUAUGCUACAUUUGAUUUUGAGAUCUUCAUUUCUUGUAUAAUUUAUUUAAUUUUUUACGCAAUUUUGACGGUGUAAUAAUACAGGAAAUUUUGGUGCA